AUGGGUAACAUUUUAGGAUCAAGAAAAAAAUUACCAAAAGAAGAUUUAGAAUUUUUAAGAACGAAUACAAAUUUUACAAAAAAACAAAUUAAACAAUGGUAUCGUGGAUUUAUAAGAGAUUGUCCUUCUGGUCAAUUAAGUAAAAAGAAAUUUAUUGAAGUGUAUUCUGGAUUUUUCCCUGAUGGUGAUGCUGAAGAAUUUUGUACACAUGUAUUUCGAACAUUCGAUAAAGAUAAUUCUGGAAAAAUUGAUUUUAAAGAAUUUCUAUUAGCAAUUAAUAUUACAUCAGGUGGUAAACCAGAAGAGAAACUUGAAUGGGCAUUUCAAAUGUAUGAUAUUAAUGGUAAUGGAACUAUUGAAAAGCAUGAAAUGGUUGAAAUUAUCAAAACAUUUUCACAGGUUACUAAAGCUAACCAGUACAAAACGAUAUAUGUAGACAAGCAAACACAGAAACGUGACGUUAAUUCCUUUUUAAAAAAAAACUUUAGAUUUAUCAGCUAUUUGAUACUGAUAACAAAGUAUAAUGUCAUUCCAACAUCUUGUCAAUAUGAUUCUGUAUUGUCUGUUAUGAAGUAUUAACACAUUGUUAGCUAUUAACAGUCUAUUUACUCUAUGAUUGGCUAUUAUGCAUGUAUACUCAUAUUUCCAAAAUAUGAGAAAUGUAAACAAUUAAAUCAGUAUUAUAGAUUUAAACUUCCAUUUACAUAUGAAUCUUCCAAUAUGUUCAUACAUUGAAGUUAGUAGAUAGGAUAUCCUAGACAAUAAUUUGUUUCUUGAUAGAUGUUCACUAAUAAAAGCGUAUCUAUAAUCUUGACACCACUGAUACUCCAUAUAGAUUGCGAGCGCAUGUGACUCAAUUUCAGGACCCGAACUACUACUGACCCAUUAGGUUCGUGACUGAAUCUCUCAUUAUUAAUAUCUAUAUCAAUAUAUAUAUAUGAGUGUGAAAUGAAGUUAUUUGUUGUCAAGUAAUAAUAAAUAAGGUCUCUGAGAGUUGAACCUAGGCCAUCAUGGAAAACCUGGAAGCAGUGGACGGCCGUUUCUUCCCAUUGUUGACAGUUAUCAGAUCGAGAACUGAUGAAAACUAGGAGGAGGGAGUGACAACUCUGUUUUGCUCUAGUUCAUAAUAGUGAAUAGUUGUUUGAGCGUCGAAUGUAGUCAGCUUAAAAGCCUAAACAUAGAUUAUGUAUCAGUUGACACUUAAUGAUAGAAUAUAACUUGGGGUGUUGAGAGGGUUGACAUUCAUUUUGUAAUUCAAACUCUGCAUCACAUAGAUUCACAGUUAUAAACGUUAUCAAUGAGCUGGACUAGUUUCCACAUUUCAGCUUGAUCAAUCGAAUUCGAUCAGUAAGAAAGGACUAAGGAAACUUGACAUUGACGACUAUUUAUCAUAUGCCCAGAAUUCGAUUAGACAACAAUUCAAGUUCAAAAAGUAUUGAACAGCUAUUUCGUCCCAAUACAUAACUUCUUAGUGAUACUCAUCUACCAUCUCACUAAAGGUUGAGUUACCAACCUCCAAGACUAUCAGCAUACACUUAACAUUUAGAUUAACGAGUUGGUGGAAAUCAACAGUUUAUAUAUCUAACUUCGCUAAAUAUUAUGCAAAUAUUAUCCAUGGCUUUCAGUGAAAUUUGUAUUUAUGUUCAACAUGAUUAAACCCUAUUGUUCACAGUAAGGUGAUGAAUUUCAUUCUGGUUUCAAUGAUUACUUAACCAGAAUCAGUCCAGAAUAGGAACAAUCUUUUCAUUUCCCUGCAUUUUUUAAAAUGUUACAUUUUUAUAAUCAACUAUUUACUAGAAUCAUUAGUUCAGUAAAACAAAAAUAAUCGUGUAUAACAUGACAUGGAAUAUUUAACAGACAACACUUCAACUGGUUAGUGUUCAUAUUCCAAUGUACCUCUC